GUGAGUUACGCUUUCUACAGCUCCGAACGGAACGAGGGACACAGUUUCGAAUCUUUGGGUCGUUCGUGAUUGAGAUUUCCGGAUUCAUGGGUUGGAUGCAACACUUCAGUUCUGGAUGACUCUAGCCGACUACGCCUACUCUCUUGUUGCUACUCGGCUGCCUGGCUACAACUCAUCGCUGAAAAUGGCUCUUGCUCUUAGGAUUCACUUGCCGUUCAGAAGCUCGGCACCCUCAAUCCUUCAAAAUGGCCUCAACAACGAAGGCCGUUCAAACCUUCGGCAAAAAGAAGACUGCGACUGCUGUUGCGCACGCCAAGGAGGGUCGGGGACUCAUUCGCAUCAAUGGCUCACCCAUCGACCUCGUUCGCCCUGAAAUCCUCCGUCUGAAGGUUUACGAACCCGUGCUCGUCGCCGGUGAGGAUGCGUUCGGUGUCCUCGACAUCCGUGUGCGCGUGAAAGGCGGUGGACACACCUCGCAAAUCUACGCCAUCCGCCAGGCUAUUGCCAAGGCCGUUGUUGCCUACUACGCCAAGUAUAUCGACGCAUACAGCGCGAUCGAGCUGAAGAAGAAGCUCGUCACGUACGACCGUACGCUCUUGAUAGCAGACCCGAGGCGGGCGGAGCCGAAGAAGUUCGGCGGUCGGGGAGCGCGCGCUCGCAGGCAGAAAUCUUAUCGGUAAAGGAUAUUCUGUUCUGUAUCCCAUCAUGCUGUACACGCGUUUUUUAUGUCAUGGCUGUAUGCAUACGCAACAUCUGCUGAGGAUCGUGUGGUCCUUGCUCCUGCGCAAUUCGGAUUUCUGAACUAAGUGCGCUGCUCUAUGUGCCGAUGUUCG